CUGUGAGACUUACAGACAUUCUAAAUCAAUCUCUUCCAGCAGCUCCUUUUGACCUGUGUGCUAAAUUUUCCCCCUUAGUGCUAGUUUUGAAAUAUAACACAGAAUUAAGCAAGUCCACCUGUGGCCACCGGCAGUGGAGAUAAAACAAGUGAUUUGUUCCUAGAUAGUCGUAGCAUUGCAGUGGCGUUCCAGAUCGGCACAUCAAUCCACAAACUUGGUCCAUCCAAACUAGAGAAACCUUGAAAGUUUGCAAAAUGAUGCAAUUUUAAGUUGGACGAACAUUUUUUUCUUUUUUUUUUUCCUCGCUCGAGUCCAGUGCAAACAAUUUCCGGGAAGCUCGUCAAUAGAACCCAAGUGAGUUCGAGUGUCUGCGGGAAACAGUUGUUGGGCCGUUUUGUUUGCAGGAGACCACCCCCAUCGCCACCCCGUUUAUCGUCUUAUGCAACGACGCGUGUCCGCGGGGUGAAAACAGUGGUAUAAACGUGAUCCGAAGUUGAGCAAAGUGUAAAAAUAGCUUCACUCUCGUGGUCUCUCGCGCUCAGACCGGGCCACCGCCGCCGUCGGGAUUUUUUUGGCAAUCGAAUCACCUCCCCCUCAUGUGUGGAAUGGUGGGAGGAAUUCAAAGCCAACGGCGAUAACACAAUAACACAAGGUUCUCGAGUUCUCGAACGAGUGAAAAGAAGGAAAAAACACGAGUGCGACCACCAACAGCAACAGGAGAAUCCGUCGAAGAAACGUGUGGGCUUUGAGAGUAAUAACGACCUUUCGUCAUCUUUGUAUGUAAAGCUAUCAACGCGAGGGAGCCGCAUUUCAAUCAUCAAAAGAAAAUCCCUAGAUAAAAAUUGAUAAAAUCCGAAAAGGAGAUUGAACGGCUCUGUCCUCGACCCGUCAGACCACCGACACUGAUACAGCGUUGUACGCAAAUACGAAACAGUUUCAAUCCUCUUGAAAGGUCCUCCUCGGUGUACUCCAAAACAAUGUGAAAACAUCAUCCACCCAACCCAACCAUGGAAGACACACGUCGCGCACGCAAGGAUUUCAAGAAAACACACGCCGAUUCCUGGCCCAGUCGCACGUCACUGCCGCCCAGCCCCAAAAUUAUCAAAACCACCGACGAUGACACCGAAGCAAACAGCAGCGAUGUGUUCGAUUACUGUCAGUCAUCGUCGCACACAUCCUCAAGCGUUCAGUACGAAUACGGUGCCAUUAGUCCACGUUUCGAACGAAAACGCUUCGAGUAUUGCUACCCGACGGUAUCCAAAGAAGACUCCUCUAAUAGCAUAUCACUAGAUAAUCAUGACAUAGAUCGGAAGAAGAAACGAAUUUAUCCCAGCAAAACUCCGGACAAUUCGUUAGAAAAUGAACCAAUCCUCGACGGAUCGAAUGCCAGCUGUAGUUCACCAUCCACCGUCAGCUCGAGGGCAAAAUCACCCAGUAAUUCACCCCGUCAUUCGCGCCGACAGCUGAACAGUGAAAUCAACAUCACGUCCAAUCCCGGUUAUCAGAUUCUCCGCAAUUCCCAUUCCACGUUGGAUCGCACGUGCUCCGACAGUGUUGUGUCACUGAAUUGCCGAAAAUCGACCAGUGAUUUGACGCAAACCACCAAUGUCAACGCCUCGGUGACGGGUGCCGUGGAGAGGAAAGUGCGUCGGAGGAGCAGCCACAAGGGUGGGCUUGCCUAUCUGGCCAGCCGUAAGGGUUCGCGUGAUUCCAUCAAAAGUGGUGCCUCGAAUACGUCCGUGUUCUCGAACGAGGAUGUCGGACCGUUGGCCUUCCAGGCGUCCGCCCGGGGAAGGCAGCGACGAACGUCGAACUUUUUGGAGCUGCCAAUCCCUGACCAUGCAAGACCUCGCGUUUGCUCCCUGCCCGAGCGUCCCUACAAUCCCAGACAGAGUGACGAUCUGUACCGAUUGAGACAUUUCUCCAUCAGCAAAGGAACGGUUGUCAACUGUGGCGAUUCGAUCAUCUCGCGGAGAUCGCGGAGUAAUACCAGCGUGAAUUCCACGGCAAGUCGCGCAAGCGAGCGUUCGCCUUUCGAGGGUUCAUGCUGCGGAGGCGGUUACGCCACGGUGGACUCUCUUCCCUCGUCACCAGUUGCUGAAGACAUUGACAGCGAACCCAUCCCCACGAGGUAUCGCGUCGUUAUGCUGGGCGACUCUGGCGUGGGUAAAACGGCACUCGUCUCCCAGUUCAUGACGUCCGAGUAUAUGCACACUUACGAUGCCAGCCUGGACGACGAGUUUGGCGAGAAGACCGUUAGCAUCCUGCUUGAUAACGAGGAGUCUGAGAUGAUAUUUAUCGACCACCCGAAUGUGGAGAUGAGUGUGGAGAACUCGCUUUCAACGUACGAACCGCACGCCUGCGUGGUCGUAUACUCGAUUGUGGACAAAAACUCGUUUCGCGUUGCGGAAGAGAUCCUCAACUAUCUCUGGUCGGAGAACUACACCAAGGAAAAGGCGGUCAUCAUUGCGGCCAACAAGUCCGAUCUGGCCCGAUCCCGGGCUAUCAGUACGUCAGAGGGUAAACAGUUAGCCACCGGACGGGCGGCGAAAUUUAUCGAAACCUCCAGCGGAAUUCAGCACAACGUGGACGAACUGUUGGUGGGUGUGCUGAAACAGAUUCGACUGAAGGAGCAACGCGAGAAGCGGACCAGUUCCACCAAUUUACGCAACUCACGCACACAGAUGUCGCUGCACAUUGCCAAGGAGAUUUUGCACAAAAUCUGUCUCUCCGAUAUCACCAAGUCCAAAAGCUGCGAAAAUCUCCAUGUACUUUAAAAUUGCCGGCCCAGCCACAGGUUCCCGGAACUAGCCACGAGCGACCGUCAGCUGCUGAAGCCCCAUCAAAUGCCUGACCUCUUAGCAUACCCUCAGUCCUUGCCAAAGUGAAUACAUUUUAACCUGCAUCUGCAAAAUAGGUAAACCUUUAAUCCAGCAAGAUUUUUGGAUGUAAACCUAGUUAGAUUAACCCCAAUUAUACCAGGCUUACGUAUGUACACGCAUGUGGAGAUUAGGCACGAGAACAGAAUCGUAAACCUAUUUAGAUGUGUAUAUAUCUGCAUAUAUGGUGUUGUACUGUGCGGAGCGGAAUUUAUAGUUCGUAGAAAGUUUAGGCGGGAGAUUUAAAGGUAACACAAACGUCGAAAUGGAAAAGGCCCACUGUAUUUUAAUACGCGCUGCUCAAUGUGAGGUAAAUCUUCCAGCUGGCCCCUCCGGACGGCCAGGAAUACUGCAAAAGCGAAACGGAGAGGAACAACGGAACGAAAAGUGGCAACCCGUCGGCUUUCGUCUUUUGCGGCCGAUGUGUGCCAAACUUGACCUCUCACUUAUCCUGCCCGUCUUUACCGGAAUAACCUGUUAUCGGUUACGGUAUGUUGUUUUUGUUGUCACGUUGUUGCGUGGAUAAGACAGCCGAGAGGGGCAAACUUGCCGUGUGCUUUUGUGUUGGCUCCCUUGACAUUCACUUCGAUCGUGUGCGGAUUUUGGACCAUUUGGGGUUGAUUAAUGCGACAAAUCGCACCGGACGAUGGGCUCCGUCUCGGGUUCUAUUGAUUUAUUUGAAGAUUAUGUUCUGAUACCUGGCACAGUGUCGUAUAUUGCGUCCUAAUGAAUAUCCUCCUAAUCCUAAUGAAUUGACAUAUUCUUCAGCGUUCGUUCAAACUUCAGGAAUCCAACCCCGUGUACCUUUGGCCUCUUCCAAAUUCCACAUAAUGAAUGAUGUAUGUAACUUCUCUCACACCUGAAAAGUUUUCCAUUAUAAUACUGCGGCAGUUCAUCAAUGAGCUUCACGCCAAAUUUCGUGAUGCACAGUGACCGCGAAAGAAAAACAGGUGAAAAUAACGCUUUCGCUCUUGUUGCUCUCGCUUCCUCUUCUUUGUUAAGUUUUCUUUUCCUUCAACCGCUGCGCUCAAAAGAUGUAUCUCCCAGCUCAUCAUUAUCAUUAUCAGGAAAAAUAUUAAAGGUUUCAAUGCCUGAACUGCUUUUAUUAUUCACGUCUUCGCGGAUAUAUGAAAAAUUCGUCUUCAUUUAGGUGCAAAGGAAUUUGUCAACAAUUUAGCAAAUUGUGAAUAAUUGAAUUCUAUACCUUUCUUCGUGGGGUUUCUGUUGGCAUUUUUGUUACAAAGCCUGCCCCAUCAAAAUUGAUUACGUUUAUGAUAAAAACACCUUUGUCAAACUAGGCCAUUCAUGGCAUGCAGAUGAAUCCAAAUCACGAGAUAAUAAGAUCCCCGAGAUCCGCUAUGAGUGUCACCCACGACCAUUAUAAGUUUUUUUUUGGUAACGAGAAAAAAUCUUUCAAAAUUAUGAAUGAACGUCAUUUGUUAGUGGUAUUAUCUAGUGAGAAAUUUCACUAUAACAGAAUCGUUCUGUUUUUUUUUUCAUUUUGGGUAGGAAAAGGUUGCUGAUUUAAGGAGGGACCCCGGUCUGGAAGGUCGAAAAAAUCAAAAUCGAACAUUUUUGUUUUGCAUUUUUGGGAAACUUAUGCCCUCAGAAAUGUUAUUCUAAAAGGAUUUUUCGAUGUUUGAUUUCGUUAGAAAGUUACAACCAAACGUAUGAGGCCACCUCAAGGAAAAUAUUGUUGCUGUACGAAUUCAAACGCGUGUUUCUCGAAACCAUGUUUUGUCGGCUGCUGUUUCGAUAUCUCAGGAUCUAUUCAACCAAUUUGACUGAAAUUUUGUAUCAGCUUGAAAAAACGAAUUAUCUAAAGCGUUACAAAGCCGUUUUAUGAUAUCCCAUUUUUUCGAUUUUUUAUGAGCUUUUAAAUGUUUAAAAGUUUUUUCUAUGAUUUUUCAUGAAAAAUAACUCAAUUCAAGUAAGAAUGUAACACUUUAGGUAUUAUCCUAAAGUUUCAAAAUAUUCAUUGGAAUUCGUUCUGCGACUCCAUUGCUUCAGAACUGAUACCUCCAGCAAGGUACCGUUUUUCAGACAUAAUAUACGCACACAUCUGUCAACAGCGUAAUAAUCAUUAUUCGUGCACUAAAAAAAUGGAAAAUACAUCUUCAAAUGUACCUUAACACUUAACACUUCACACACGAACACUUCACUUUAUUCCUAGCAUCCGAAAAAAAAUCACGAAAAUUAAAUGUUUUUCGACCUUCAAGAGCUCCCCCUCUAAGUAACUACAUCCUUCAUGAAAUGGAGAGAGAUGGUUUAGAUCUCAGAAUGUACCGUUCACAAUCUUUCAACGAGGUUCCAGCCAUGUCAGGUACCAAUUGGGAUUGUAAGACUCCUGGAUAAAAUCGGGAAAGAAAUAAGAGCAACAGAAACAACCACUGAGAAAAUUGCUUAAUGUUUCAAGUAGGCUGAAACACUCUGACGCGGAAGAACGUCAUGGGUAUAAAUGACGCACAGAAAAUAGCGCAAUGUUUCUAUUAACACUCCUAUACUCGCGCUGAGAAGGAUGAAUUAUAAAUGACUAUCAAAACAGAAUGAAGUUGAAUAAAAAAUAUUUUCUGGAGUUUCCUCAUUUCAAUUAUAUCCUUUUACGGGAGUCGUUCAAAAAAUAAGUUUCAGUGCCUCAGAAAUCGUGGAAAAAUAAAGUAAGGACAAAAAACAAGGUGAUUUUCGUAAUCUACGUUUUAUUUUCUAUUUUUCUACAUAAUCGCCGUAACGUUCGAGGCAUUUUUCAUAGCGUGGCACGAGUUUUGACGUAGAACUACGCCUUUCAGGAAGGGCGCCAAAUCAGAAAACAGGACACGUUUUUAUGAAAUAAAGUUAACGUUAAUAACUUUUUUUUUUUUGCAUACCAAUCGAAUCGGAAAUUCUCUAAUAUUUGAAUGAUAUGCGAUACAUUACAAUACGCUUAUCUCUAAACGGUUUUAAUUCAUGUAAACUGGAAGAACUUCCUUUUUCCCAUACAUUUGUUGUGCCGAUUUGUGUGCUAACCCUGCUUAUAACUCGAACCUUUCUUAACAGAUCGGAAAGAUGUUUGCAUCACUGGAUAGGAAAUAUUUCUAAUCGUCUAUCACAAUUAAUAAAAUUUUAUUUUUCAUUAGAUGAACAAUUGAAUAACUGUAAAAUGUCAAGAGUUAUCUAAACGCCUUAACUGCCAAGAUUUGAUUGGCCCGAUGUACGGUUUCCCCAACACAGACUUCAAAUUCGAUGUACCUUUGGAAAUCCGCUUUGCAAACAAACAUGCAAAGUUAGCGAUAUUUUUGUUCCACCAGAGCUGUGUUUCCCUAACACGGACUUCAAAACCAAUGUCCCUGGGGAAUCCGCUUUGUCAGAACAUGCAAGUCGGAGGUAUAUUUUUCCCACUGAGCUGUGUUUCCCUAACACGAACUUCAAAAUUAAUGUUCCUGGGGGAAUCCGCUUUGCAAAUACGUGCAAGUCGGGAGUAAUUUUUGGUGUUGAGUAUUUUUGCACUCACUCGUCGGUGUGCAGACCGGAAUAUGUUUCCAUAAAACAUACUUUUAAACUGAGAAGCCUGGGGAAAUCGUCAUUUCAGAUACUAGAGGUGAAUGAACUUCCGCGGCUCGAGAACUACGUAAAUGAGAUGUGCAAUAAUUUCAGAGGGAAAUGUAAAAUACAAUGAUCGUUUGACAAUUUUUCCGUUCAAAUAUUUUGAUAAUCCUAGGCAUCAUAUCAAACGUAAAAGAACGUUCAUCAAAUUUAUUUAUAACGAAGAACAUAACCUAUUACAAAAAUUUCGAUGCAUUCUAAAAUAAUAUUCGAAGUGAUAAACAAGUGGAUUGCAUAAUAUAAUUGCGUAGCUCUACGUCUAAAAUAUGCGGUCGUGUCCUAAAUUACAACCCUUAUAAUUUUUCUAUUCCGAGCGCGCAGUGCGUAGCGUCCAACUGUUUGAAGUACGAUGUAACUGCGUCACGAAUUUCUUCAGUGUUAUCGAAUCGUUGACCGCCGAACGCCUGUUUCAUCACCAUACUGUUGUGAAGUUUUGGGCCGAUUAAGAAUCGCGAGUAAGAACAAAACACCAGGUUUAUUGACGAAAAGAGUGUUCCUUAUCCACGAUAAUGUGCGGCCUCAUUCUGCUCGCGUUACUCAAGAGCAAUUAAAAAAAAAUCAAAUGGACUGUGUUCGAGCAUCCUCCUUACAUCCCAGACCUCUCCCCUAGUGACUAUCACUUAUUCCCGGUGAUGAAACAGGCGUACGGCGGUCAACGAUUCGACAACACUGAAGAAAUUCGUGACGCAGUUACAUCGUACUUCAAAUAGUUGGACGUUACGCACUUCGCCCUCGGAAUAGAAGAACUCGUGUCACGCUAUGAAAAAUGCCUCGAACAUUACGGCGAUCAUGUAGAAAAAUAGAAAACAAAACGUAGAUUACGAAAAUCACCUUGUUUUUUGUCCUAGCUUUAUUUUUCCGCGAUUUCUGAGGCACUGAAACUUAUUUUUUGAACGACCCUCGUGUCUAAAUAAAUACCAACAAUCCUCAAAAAAUACACAAUCACGUAGACACGCAUGGUAUGUGAUACCAUAUAUGUGAUAUGCGAGAGUAUACGAGUUAUAAUUUUGCGCGCGAGUACAGAAGUUUUAAACUAACAUUUCCAAAAGAGUGAAAUGUGCAAACCGAAAUACCUAUUAUUAUGGAAAUUUCUUCAGAUCGUGGUACAAUAGUUUUGAAUUGCAAUGAAUGAUACAUUUAAAACAAAAUUAACUGGGCAGACGUAAUGCACCUGGCAAACGUAUGCCAUCCGUAUCCUAUGUUUCAAACUAACCGGGCAAUCAGUGGAAUACAGGUUUGCUUGCGAGAGACCGCCGCUUUCGACGGCGUGUCGGCGGUCGACUCGGAUCGCGUCAUCUUGGCGGCUUAGGGCCACCUCGAUUCCUCAUCCUUGGUGAUCCCCAUUGCAUUGACCUCAAAAUAAUUUUCGAAAAACGAAAAAAAAAAUAAAAAUUACGCUUUUUCCUGUGUUUUUUAUCUAUUAUAUCCAUUUAUAUCCAUGAUGUCAGAAUAUUUUUAGCCUAAAGGGUGUGUCACAUCAAAUUGCAUCACGGAAAAAACGCUGUAGAAAUUUAAUUUUUAGGAGAUAUAUCUUCAGCUCUCGCUUAUAAUCAGAUAAGAGUGUAUAGAUCACGUUGGCCAUGCUUCACUGUCAAUUUUUCGUAAAUUUGGAAAAAUGUCGACGAACGAAAACGAGAGUCGUGAAUUAAUCCUGUGCACUCAUUUCGAGAAUCCGGAGUUGUCACAUCGGGACAUCGGUAAGAUGCUGGGAAUCGUCCAAUCCACGGUCAGCAGAGUACUAAAACGAUACUUCGAGAACCUAACCAUCGACCGGAAGGUGAAAGACGGCACAACGGAACGGAUGCUCCGUCAGUGAAAAAGAUCACAAGCGCGUAGUUAAGCAGUUUAAACGUGAUCCGAGAAGUUCGGUCCGGGAUGUCGCCAAUAAGCUGAAUUUGUCAAGUUCAUUCGUCCAGCGGACCAAGCAGCGGGAGGGCCUGUGUACAUACAAGGUUCAGAAGGCUCCUAACCGCGACGAAAGGCAAAACAUGGUGGGGAAGACGCGAGCCCGGAAGCUGUACACCGAAAUGCUGACGAAGCCGCAUUGCCUGGUAAUGGACGACGAAACCUACGUCAAAGCGGACUUUCAUCAGCUGCCGGGCCUGUUGUUCUUCUCCGCAGAGGACAAAUUCAGCGUUCCGGAGGAGAUUCGCAAGCAGAAACUAUCCAAGUUUGCCAAAAAGUACAUGGUGUGGCAAGCGAUCUGCUCUUGCGGAAAGCGGAGCGCUCCCUUCGUGAUGACCGGCACGGUAAACGGGCAGGUUUACCUUAAGGAGUGCCUACAGAAGCGCUUACUACCACUAUUGAAGCAGCACGAGGGCACGACCAUCUUCUGGCCGGAUCUCGCUUCAUGCCACUAUUCAAAGGACGUGUUGGAGUGGUACGAAGCCAACGGGGUCACCUUCGUGCCAAAGGAAAUGCGCCGGAGCUUCGCCCAAUAGAGAAAUAUUGGGCGAUUAUGAAGCAGCCCCUCCGGAACAACCCAAAAGUUUUCAAAUCGGAGGCGGACUGCAAGAGAAAAUGUAUUUCUGUUCAAAAAAAACUACAACCUGACGUUGUACAGAACCUUAUGGAAGGGGUAAAGAGGAAGGUGCGAGCAUACGGGCUUGGGCUCGAAGUAUGAAUAAAAAGAAAAUGCCAAAAGUUGUUUAAUAGUUUUUAUUUUACUGUCUAAAAUUUUCAAAAGGAUCGGUCUACUGGGCGAAUUUCUACAGCGUUUUUUCCGUGAUGCAAUUUGAUGUGACACACCCUUUACUUGUGACAUUACGCUCUGCGGCCAAUUCUGUUGCUCUUAUAUUCGCGAUGCAUUCCGGUCACGGGUAGGUCGACCACUCUUUGCACGUAUAAGGCUUUUGUUGGCAUUCCACAAAGUCUGAUUUUUUUUUCUAGAAUUGAAUCUGUGGAUUGCCCAUUAUAACGCUGUGAAACCAAUUUAUGCAAACUAAGAUGGGUUAAUCGCAGACAUUGAAGUUUUUUGCGAUACUGCCGAUAAUUUGAAUACUACACUCUGUCCAAUUUCUAUAAGACCAGUUGAUGAUCUUGCUGCUUUGUGCCAUUAUAAAUAAACAAUGCUUCAACUUAUAUUCCAGUGUGUAGGUAUUGGUGACUACCGUACAUUGUAUGAUUUUCAUAUGUGUGUGUGCAAGCGCUGACAUAAACGAAUGUUUGUAACGAAUGCAAUGUAACGAGUUUUCUACAAGUGGUUGAAAAAUUGUGAGCGAAAAUACUGUCAUCGAAAAUCAUUCAACAACACUCAUUCACAGAUAAAACUCACUCUUCGAUUCUCCGUUUAUGCUUCAUUUUAUUUGAGACAGAAAACAUUCACCUAUCUUCUUCGCAAAGUGCAUUCUUAAUUUGAACGGAAAAAUACUAUCUCCAUUCCGCUCAUCUAUUCUUAGAGAAUUUUGCAUUCCCUCAUUUGCCUCUCGGAAUGAUGUUAGAUGGUGAGAGAAUCAAAUUGGAAACUUUCGCUUGAGCCAGCGAGUGUGUCUGUAAACUCAUUCAUUUUUCACUCAAAUAGCAAUCAUUGAGCCUCGAUCGUAGCAGUAAAAUAUGGGUAGAUAGUUGAAAUCCAGUUGUUUCAUGUGCACUACUGCAAUGACAUUUUUUGUUUCUAGAAUGAAACGAUCUAAGCCAACGCAAAAGACCAUAUUACCCCAAGUUAUUGGUGCCGGAGCACACUGCCGUAUUGAAAGAGUUAAUAAUUAUCCCCUGUGAAGCCGCAGUGUGUGAGUCAGCUGUGAGAAAGACCGCUGCGAUAACUGCUGCAGGUCAACCGUUACGUGUGACAUCAGCCUUAGGAAAUAAUUAGCGACAUAUAGCACGCUUGUGUAUUGUUCUCGCGAGGGCAAAAAGGAAUCGUGAAUCAAUCUUCCUCAGCUGCUCCUUCAAGAUCACGGAGUCCAUUGGCUCUGUUCAGAGACACAAAAAAUCAAAAAAAAAAAAGAUUGAAAAACUAGAAACCAGUCGCGUCACGUAAGAUGUCCAAAUUUGAAAGCUUGCUACUCAGUCAUUUCUUGAUGGGUUUAUGAAAUUUUGAGGCCAAUUAUUUUUAUCACUCCAUAGCAAUCUUUUGUAAAAUAAAAAAAUAUUAAAUUCCCAUUAGUUAAUACGUGAAAACAGGGUUUAAAUGAGAUCUCCCAAAUUCCCAUACAUUUGUGUUGACCGCAAAGCAUUUUGCUAAUACUUGCUCGACUGCAAUUGUGACGUAUGUCGUGCAAAGAUAUUUUAAAUAAACUUACAACAAAUAUAAGGAUGUAAUCCUACGUCAUCUAUGUGGUCAUACCUCUGACAAAACCCCUUAAAUUUAUUUAUGUCAUUCUAAUUUCAAAACGAUUUAUAAGUAUGUUCUAAAUAUGUAUACAAUCUACCGAAACUUGUUCCUAAAAGAAACAAAAUUAUUAUUACACGACCGUAUUGUUAACGUAGGAUUACGAAAUUAUUUUAAUCGAUUCGCCUGUUCGUCCAUUCGAAUAUUAUAUCUGAAAGAACCGAAAUUUGAUAGUAAAAUCUUUGGUAGAAAUUUCGUAACUCUCUUGUAACCUUUUAAAAGCCAACUCGAAAACAACACUCAGGCAACCCUCAGCCUCACAAUAUGCUACUGAUUGCUGGUUGUCUAGAGCGACACUGCAAUCGAAAUCACAAAGAACAACUGUUAUAUUGUUGCACGGUGCAAUGUGACAUGUGGACGACCUAUCCACAUAUCAGCACGGAAACAAGCGCAUAUACUAUUGCUUUAAUUUUUAUUCUUAUUUCCAUAAAGCACAUAAUGUUGAUCAAUUCCAUGAUGUUUAUGGCAACACAGAUAAUAAACACGUUAUCUAUACGGCUGUCUUAGAAAUGCAACAUCGAUGAGUUAAUUUUAAUAUUUUUAUUUUUUUCUUCAUUGCCAAAGAAUUUCCAAAAAAAACAAAGUUAAAAGAGGUUAAACCCUGAUAACAACUAAGUACUAUGUAAGCAUUACUGUUAUUCCAAUAGUAGUUACAAUAAUUCAGAACAAGAGUGGUGCACCUUGUCUACAAAAAUGAUCCCCAUUAAAAACAUCAUUAUGUUGGAAUGAAUAUAAAACGACAUUGUAGGUAGAGACGAGGAUAGUUAUUCCGUGAAAAUAUCGAAUUGAUAAUAAUCAUGAAACGUAGAACUUAAGUUGAAGUGGACUUGUUUUCCAUCUGGAUUACCCUAGGAUUAACAACUGAUACAAAACUGAAAACAUAUCUUACGGAAAGCUAAGAACACAUUCAAUACAUUUCCCACAUGCACAUCAGAGUUUUUAUCCCGAUAAGGAAUGCAAAAUGCGCGCUUUUAAGUUUUGUCCAUACCGCCUAUUUCAAUAUAAAUUGCUUGUAGCCAAAAGAGCACGCAUUCACAUGAAGCGCUUCCCACCGAAGGCAUAACAGUGUCAACCACGCUCUUCCAAUGGCGCACCUUUUUCCUGUCAAAUCCUUGACACACAACAAUCUUCCACAUAACAAUUCUAAAACAGUUCAAGAAAAUCUAACACAUAUUAUGUAAGACUGGAUCUAUUUGAUAUUCACAUAGAAACUAUUUAAGAAUAACAAAUGAAUGAUUGCACUGCUGAAUACUAUACGAACGAUAACACAGAUCUGACAGCGCGAUCUAAACGUCAAGCGAAGAAAAAGAAAAACAAAAAUCGGCCUACUGUGUAUUGCAACAAAAAAAUAAACAAAUACAGUGCAAUCCGGAUAAUAAUUAUACAAAUGCCAAAAUGUUCAGUGUUUAGAUUGCUAUUUAGCGCUUAGAGUGUGUACGUAUGCCGCAUAUGUGGUAGUCAAAUUUUAGUAGCAAUUAAAAGAAUACUUCUUGUGUUGUCCUGGCUAUAUUUCUAAGUAAGUAGCUUUUCUGGUAUUGCACAUAACCUCCGUCGUGCAUUACGCAAAUAAUUAAGGGCUUUAGGUGGAAUUUUAAUUAUCAAAAUAAAAGAAACCCUAUAGAUUAGGACAGUUUUGGAAAUUCUAAAGGGAACAAGUGAAGCACAAUACCACGCGGAAAUUUAUCACAUUUUGAAAGACGACAACAACAAAAAAAACAAAACAAAAACAAUCAACACAGUAAUUCGCUGUCGGGAAGCUGGGAACUUUAUGCGGAUUAGAUUUAAGAAGUAAGAUUUCAUGUUAAACGUAAGCGGAAAGCGGACAUUUCAAAUGCGCGCGCGAGUCUAUUGCGGAAACCAAAUCGCUCUGUCAAUUAGAUGCCAAAAGAUAUGUGACACGACACGUCAAUCCAAGGGUAGAAGAAUCUUGUUAUUAAUGGAUCGGUGUGCUUGUUACCAGCGUAGCGGUAGUAUAUUACAGUAGUGAACAGAAUUGUCAUGCGCAUGUAGAGGAAACAUAAAAAAGUAGAACUGAAAGUAUUCAUUUGCUGUCCAUUAUUGGAACAUUUCUCUCUAGUAUUUUUAUACGACUAUUUUUGUAUACAAAAGGCUGAUGUAAUUCUAUAUAUUAUAUGGACAAGGUUAUAAAGUAAACAGAUUAUAAUAAACCGUUUCUAUACAUGCUUAACACACACUCAAAUAAAGAAUG